UCAGCCAAUCAUGCGCUUCGGGCGAUCGGGCCCAUUCUCUCCGUUCCCCCGCGGGUGGAGAAGACGGACCCUCUUCACGAUCUGGCGCAGAUCCAUUUCGCGGGUUUGUCGGCGACCUUUCGCGCUCAGCAAGAGCGCGCCUCGAUGCGCGCCAAGAUGAAGGCCGACGAGGCGCAAAUCGUGCAGCUGGAGGGGAAGGUCCUCGGGGCGAACAAUCGCGCGGAGGACGCUACCUCUAAGGCCAACGAGGCACUGGAGUCACUCGGCCUUUUGCAGAGCCGAUUGGCCGCGGACGUUGAGGCGGCCAAAGAGCAGGUGCGGAACGAGGAGCGCACUGCUCUCCGAGAAGAACUGGAAGUCUCCUUUUCUGAGAGAUUGCGCAAAGCUCGCGAGGAGUUCCAGAAGGAG